UCAGUUGUUACUUAGAAUUCUUUUCUUCAUACUGAUUCAAGUGUCUGAGAACACUGAGCCUCAGUAUGGCACCUCUGAGACUCUGUGCCAUGGCCCCCAAGUCGCAGAGCACUUUCCCAGCACUGUACCUCUUUGGGGUCUUGACCCUACUGCUGUGCCCUUCUGGCUUGUGUGACUGCAGAAUAUUUCCGAGCAUUGCCCAUGGAUCCCAUAAAGACAUGAGUUCAUUUUUUUCCUAUACUACUGUGGUGCAAUAUGAAUGUGAUGAAGGAUAUGUUCUGGUUGGAGAGUCUAAAAUCACCUGCAGGAACUCUCACUGGUCGUCUCCAGCCCCUGAAUGUAAAGCUCUCUGUCUGAAACCAGAGAUUGAAAAUGGAGGUCUGUCUGUGGGAAUUCCAGAUGGGCUGUGAGCAAGUGCUAGUGGGCAGUAAACUCUUACAGUGUCUCCCCUACCCAGAGGACGUGAAAAAGGCCCUGGAGGUGUAUGAGCUGUCUCUGGAGAUUGGACACCUGAGCAAGAGUGAGACUUGAAAAGGAACGCCAUUUAGAAACCAGCACAUCCCCCACCACCACACACACCCCCGCCUCCUCCCCACAAAAGUAAAGAAUGAGGUAUAUUUCUCUCAUUAGCAAGUCUACUAAUCAUUGGUUAAAUACAGUUCACUAAAAAAAAACAUACCCGUGUUAGGAGAAUCUGUUGAUACCCUUAGUGCCAUCGAUAAUGCGGCGCUCUUGAUUUAUCUUUGCUCAGCCUAUGCUUCUGCUGUCCUGGACAUGGCAGAAUGACAGAAAUAAAUAAU